AGAGCGGCGCGGAGGCGGCUCCGGGCCUCAGGGCCCUGCAGGGAAAGCGGCCGGGGAAGGGGGGGCGCAGCCCCGGGCCGGGCCAGGCCGGGAGGGCGGCGGCAGCGGCAGCCGCGGAGCCCGCGGGCGGUGCUGGCGGCGGCGGCGGCGGCGGCAGCGGGGGGCGCCCGGCUCCGGCCCCUGCCCCGCCCUCCGCCCAAGUGCCGCCCUCCGCGCCAGCCACGCCCUACACCCCCCUUGGCCACGCCCCCCAGCUGAGCGCUGAUUGGUCGCGCCGCCCCCCCGCCCGCCUCGCCCCGCCCACUCCGCCGGGGAGGGGCCGGCGGCUAUUGGGCAGCGCCCGUGCGCUCUGUCCCCCCUCCCGCCGGCUCCGCGCAGGCGCGCAGGGAGGGGAGGGCGGCGCGGCGGCCAUGUUUAGUGAGGGCGGGAGGGGGGCGCGGGCCGGGCGGGGCGGCGUCGCCAUGGCAACGGGUCUGGCGGCCUGCUGGGCCCAGGCCGCGCCGCCCCCUGCGCCUUGCAAAUUAGAAUUAUUUCCCCUUUUUAAAGGCUAACUUCCUUUUUUUUCCACACGAAGACGUUCAGAAAUCGGGAAGCGGGCGGCUGCGUUGCAGCAGGAGCUGCCGCAGAGCCCGCUCCUCGCCCCGCAGUCACCACAUCCCCACAGCCAUGUUGUGCUCAGGCGUUAAUUCCUACAACAAGAAGGGGAAAGAAAACACAAAAACAGCAAAUACUGAAGUGUGGCCUGUGUCAAGUGUCCCGCACAAGCACCCAGAGGCAGGGGCUGCAGGCUGGAGCAAACCCCAUGGCCAAGCUCGCUGCCCCGCACCCAGGCACAGGGUGUGCAAAUCCCCUAAAAAAGGCAAAAAAAAACAACACAAAAACACACUUUUUUUUUUUGGCUGCACCAGAUGCGGCCAAGUAACCGUGUAUAAAUCGGUUAUAAACGUCCCCGUCUUGAUGUUACAGCCUUUGGUUCUGGGACAGGCAGCUCCUUGUCUGGCUUUAAUUACCUGGGCAAAUUUUCCGAAGGAUUAGAUCGACCUCAAAUAUGUCAACGUUUAUUGAGGCCGUGUUCCUGAGGUUUUUUUCCCAUUAGAUGCUAAUGGCUUCUGGCUAAUAGUCAAGCCGGACUGACCACCGGAGGGUGUCCUGGCCAGCUCCGGGAUACCACAAGUACCUGGGGAGAGGGCUGGGGAGGGUUACACCAGCCUGGUGGAGCCAAGCACAAAAAUUCGCUGCCUAUCUGCUUCCCCGGGCGUGAUUCACCCCGAGCCGCGGCUUCUUUCCGUGCAGGACCUCAAGCAAAGGUUGCUUUCCUUGGGGACUGCCUCCUCCCUGCGGAAGGAGGAUUUGGGACCGCGCUGGCAGCAGUGGGGGAUGCGAUGUUCCUCGCCCAGAGCCCACGCAGCGAGCUCAGCAUCCUGCGGAAGAAAGCACCUCCACACGCUCCCAGCUCCUCGGGGUUAACCGUGUCCCGAGCAGAAACAACAGCCUGAAAUCCCCUCCCUUCCUUCCUCGCUUCUUUUUUUUUUUAAUAAAAGAGGGUCAAAAUCCAGCCCCGCUCCCCAGGGCAGAGCUGGGGUGUGCCGGAGGGGAGAGCCAGGGCAGGAAGGGAGCGAGGCGCUGGGCUGGCCUCGGGCUGCGACCUGGGAGCGUCGCCCUCCCUGCCCCAUCCCCACGGAGCCACCAGGCUGCUGUGGGACCGGAGCUGUGGGAUGCUUUUGGGACGGGGUCCAGCCGAGCCCAAGCGGCUCGGUGCCGACAGCGGGGACUGCCUUGGACCACCCCGGCGCUGCUCUAGGGGUGUGUGGCCCACGCCUGUGUCACUGGGAGGGGAAAUACUGAAAUGCUCAGCUGCUGCGAGGCGGGGGAAGGCGUGGGGCCAGGCGACGAGCUGCCCUCGCUGCGGACACAGUUGCUACAACAGCGGGGUUUGGCUUCCAGGCAGCUGCUGCGCCUUCGGGGAGCCGGGUCCCUGCCAGCGGCGCUGCCGGAGGAUGCCUCCAAAGGGCAAAGGGAAGGGGAAAAGAGUGAAGCAGCAGAAAAGGAGAAGUGCAGCGGAAAGCCGAGCUGAAGCCACGUCCAGGAGAGCGUCAGAAGAGGCUGACAGCCUGGGAGAGCACCCGGCUCGCUGGAGGGACACGGCCCCGUGGGCGAGGGCGGACAGCGAGGGGCUCCGGCGGAGGCUGCGGGAGCUGGAGCUGGCGCUGGAGCAGGAACGGGAGGACAAAAGGGACAUGCACCAAGAAAUGAGCCGGCAGCACCAGGAGCUGCAGAGGCAGGCGGCAGCCCACAGCCAGCGCCUGGAGGCGGAGGUGAAGAGCCUGCGGGAGCAGCUCGCCAGCAGGCUCCAGGAGAGCCAGAGGAGCCACGAGGCUGCCAGCAAGGCGCUGGCAGAGCGGGACAGGACCAUCGCCCAGCUGCAGGGCACGAUGCGUGCCAUGGAGAGCGAGUACGAGCAGAUCCUCCACGACAGCCUGGACCUGGUGCUGGCCAAGCUGGCCGAGGCCAGGCAGCACUGGGAGGAGCAGGGCACGGCCGUCGAGCUGCAGCACAAGCAGCGCCUGCAGGAGUUUGGCCUCAACCCCCUGGAGAUGUAGCACCCCGGGGGACUCCAGGAGGGGGCCAGCAGCACGUGGAGAGCCUCCCAGCUCCACCUCCAGCCUGGGUGAGGGAUCCUGAGCCCCACAGCCUC